CAGAAAGCAAUUUAAGCUUCAUUCCAGUCGACCUGACAGUACUGUUUCUGGACCUAAUGCUCAAUGACUAGAGGUCGCCGCCAGUCCAUCCCCCGCAUUAUGCAUAGAAAACUUAGUCUCAAGUGUUGAACAUUUCUGAAGAGCCGCAGAGUUUAGUCGAAGAGGUUUGGGUGAAUUCAGUAUUGAAGGUUUGGUUUCUGGACGGUUUUAGAGAUGGCUGUGAUGAGCACUGAGGCUGGGCAGCAAGGGGGAGUAUGUGAGAUGACUGACGAGGAGAAGAGAGAAAGGCUGCUGCGGACUUACAGAGCGCUGUGCGAGGAAAAUUUUAAAGGAGUGCCGGAGAUUUCCAGUGAAGAGCUGCUGCAGAUCCUGACUCACCCUUGCGCGGAUGUGAGAGCAUCUGUCGUUCUCGUAGACUGUCGCUCCGAAGCUGAACAAUCUGUUUCUAUCUUUCCAGGGGCAGUGACAAUGAUCGAAGCGGAGCAGAAUCUUGAGAAAUACAAGCAAGUGGAGCUCAUUCCUUACUGCGCCAUCGGGAGACGGUCGGGGUUUUUUACGAAGAAAAUUCUUGAGAGAAACCUCGGUAUCAAGAUCAGGAACCAUGUAGGUGGAAUUCUUGAUUGGAGCCAUGUGAAGGGCCCGCUUGUCGAUCCUAACACGCAGCAAGAGAUCCAACGAGUGCACGCGGGUGGAGCUUACCAUUUGAAACAUCUACCCAGCUUUGGCAAUCUCGAAAUCUUAUUACCGCAGGAGUCAUGAGCACCAAUAUAUUCAACUGAGUUGGAACAAUCAUUAACUUAGGCCGCAGUGAGCGACACGUGAAUGGAGAAUACUGCUCCAUUGAGAAUUAAUUUUGGAAAACUUUUGUAAUUAUGAUACCCACGAGAAUAAACCCCUUAUGGCAAUACAAAUUAUGUGCAA